CUUUUUUCCAAAUGUUUUGCUUUCAACACAAGUAUUUCUCUGGCCUGUCGUCUUUUCUCCUAAUUGUUCGACUUCAAUUUUGUUUGUCAUUUUAUCUCGCUGACUCCAACCCAAUUUUAUCCUUCGAUAAUCAAGUCAGAGAGGUACAUCUCUACACAGGUAUUUAUACGACAACGGAUUUAAUAUUGCAUAUUGAUGAAAUGCUGCUGCUCUUUUAUCCAUUAUGCUAAUUUCUUCCUUUCCUUCCUUUUUCAUGAUGCAGAUAAUCACAGAAGAGGGAUGUAUCUGCAGAUGACCCUGGAUGGGAGAGUGUCAGGAAGUGAUGCUCAGACUCCUCACAGUGUGCUAGAGCUGAAAUCAGUGAAAACUGGGGAAAUUGUCAUCAAGGGACAAUCAUCAUCUCUGUUUCUCUGUAUGGACAGUGGAAGUCAUUUGAGGGGGCAGGGGCUCUACUCAGAGGACGACUGCACCUUCAGAGAGCUGCUGCUGGCUGAUGGAUACACUCGUUUUAUUUCCUCGCACCAUGGAUUUCCAGUGUCUCUCGCACCAAGACAUUCCCCAGAUCGUCACACAGUCUUCACCAGAUUCCUACCGCUUAGGAACACUUUGGCACGGGAGAGUGUGCCUGAACAGACGCCAAACAUUCAAAGAUUCAACGUGGACUCUGAGGACCUUCUUGGAAUGGGUCUGAAUGCUAUGGUCAGUCCUCAGUUCACAUUGGGCCAGUAA